GCCGGAGCGGAGACGUGGAGCACAGCCGGGAGGAGAGUCCCUGCUGCGGCUGUCUGGUCGGGCUUGGGUCAGCGUGCGGGUCACAUUGGCUCCACAGAACCAGCGCAGUGAAGAAGUGGAAAGCUGACGGGCUCAGACUGAGUUUUGUUGUUAUUUUUUUAACGCUUUGCCGAGUCCGCACAGCGCAGCCAUGUCCGGAGCGCUAGCCAGGCUGCUCUUCUACCCGACUCUAGCCUACAAUGUGGCCAUGGAGAAGGUCUCCUCCAGGCGGUGGUUCGACCGGGUGGACGAGACGGUGAUCCUCGGAGCGCUGCCCUUCAGGUCCAUGACCAAACAGCUUGUGGAGGAAGAAAACGUUCGAGGAGUCAUCACCAUGAAUGAAACAUAUGAGACCAAAUAUUUCUGCAACUCAGCCGAGGAGUGGAAGGCUGCUGGUGCUGAGCAGCUGAGGUUGAGCACCGUGGACCUGACGGGCGUCCCCACCCUGGAGAACCUGCACAGAGGCGUGGAGUUCGCCUUGCAGCACAGAGAGCAGGGGACCAGCGUGUACGUGCACUGCAAAGCCGGGCGGUCUCGCAGUGCCACACUCGCUGCAGCUUACCUCAUACGGUUACACUGCUGCACUCCAGAGGAAGCCUGUCAGAAGCUGGCUACUGUUCGACCACACAUCCUGGUGCGCGCCGCUCAGCUGGAGAUGCUGAGAAAAUACCACGAGCAGGUGUGCCAACAAUCGAGCUGAGAGAACUGAGAGAGCCGAGCUGCAGAUCGGAGCUCAUGAUACUCCCACUGAUGCUGGAAGGAUGGACUUAGAGCCGUGAUUGAAGCCAGUGCUGUUACCUGUUGUUUACUCUGUUUUUACUCAUCACUUUUAUGAAAGGGCAUUUUUAAAUGGUUAUUAUUGAGACCCUUGUUAGCACAAGACAGUCGCAAUGAAUCAUAUAAGCAACAAUUAAAUAAAAUGAGAUGGAAACAUGAAAAUAUGGAAUUUUAAAAAUACUGUUAAAUGUUGAAAGAACUCUUAUCAGUGAUUCUGUUUCUGUAUAUGUUUUGCUGAGUCUGUCAUCUGUUUUGGCCAAAAUGUGUUCUGUAAUUAAUUCAACAUCGUAUUUAUCUGCAGUAAUGUCACUCUCAUCUGGUGUUCGUGGCAUCUGGCAGCAGUGGGGACAUUCUACAAAAAUUAUAAACAAAAGAAAACUUACUCUUUUAAUCAUCACUCCAGGAUAUGAUGUUUGUAAAGUGCCUUGAAACUUGAAAAUUGUGUAAAAUAAAUAUUUCUGACAUGAA